CAGUGGGAGAACAGGACCAAGAGGGGCAACAAGAAGGAGACGGAGGGGGGGGAAGGAGCAGCAUGUUUGGAAUGUAAAGAAAAUCCAAAUCUGACAUUCCAGGGGGUUCAUGCCUUCUCCCCGUUUGUUUUCUGUGCUCGCGCGCUCCUGGUCGGACGGGGGGGCCAUGAUGCUGCUGCAGGGGCGGUCUGCCCCCCGGCUCUGCGCGCUCCUGCUCGGGCUGACGGGGCUCCUGGUGUCGGGCUCGGACUUCCAGCACCACCGCUACGAUGACAUGGUGCGAGCCCUGUUCGCGGUGCAGAACCAGUGCCCGUACAUCACGCGCAUCUACAGCAUCGGGCGCAGCGUGGAGGGGAGACACCUCUACGCGCUGGAGUUCAGCGACAACCCGGGCAUCCAUGAAGCAUUGGAGCCGGAGUUCAAGUACGUGGGGAACAUGCACGGCAACGAGGUGCUCGGCCGUGAGCUCCUCAUUAAGUUCUCCCAGUUCCUGUGCGACGAGUACCAGGCCAGAAACCAGCGGAUCACCAGGCUCAUCCACGACACGCGCAUCCACAUCCUGCCCUCCAUGAACCCGGACGGCUAUGAAGUGGCAGCCAGACAGGGUCCAGAGCUCAACGGAUAUCUAGUGGGACGAGGGAACGCCAGAGAAAUCGAUCUGAACCGGAACUUCCCAGACCUGAACGCCCUCAUGUACUACUAUGAGAAAACCAAUGGGCGAAACCACCACCUUCCUCUGCCAGACAACUGGGAACUUCAGGUCGAGCCAGAGACUUUGGCAGUCAUAAAAUGGAUGCAAAAGUACAAUUUUGUGCUGUCGGCCAACCUCCACGGUGGCGCCGUCGUGGCCAAUUACCCUUUUGACAAGUCGAGAGACCCUCGCAUUCGAGGAAGGACCACGUACGCCGCCACUCCGGAUGACAAGAUCUUCAGGAAGUUGGCGAGGACAUACUCGUACGCACACYGCUGGAUGCACAAAGGCUGGAACUGUGGAGACUUCUUUAACGAGGGGAUCACCAACGGGGCCAGCUGGUACUCUCUGUCCAAAGGCAUGCAGGACUUCAACUACCUAUACACAAACUGCUUUGAGAUUACUCUGGAGCUGAGCUGUGACAAGUUUCCUGCAGAAUCGGCUCUGCCCAGAGAAUGGCUCGGCAACCGAGAGGCCCUGGUUUCAUACCUGGAACAGGGGUGGAUGGAGACUAUUUCAGACUGCUGCUACCUGGCACAUACACGGUGAAAGCCUCUGCUCCGGGAUACCUGCCCUCAGCAAGCACUGUGACGGUGGGACCAGCUGAGGCCACCCAG